CACACACACACACAUACACACACCUACACACUCGAUAGAUGAUCAGAUUUUUCUGUAGACGUGAAUGAAGGUCUAAUAAUGAGAGACACUUCAGGAAUAGACACUGAUGAGCCUGAUGACUUCAACACUAGAGACAGCACUGUCUUCUGGAGGAAAGAGGGCUCAAUCGGUGUGAUCGCAGCUUUGCCUUGUCGUGCUCGAUGGAGUGUGUGUUUGUUCUCCAUUUUGGCCAUUCUGCUGCUGGCAAUCAUCAUCUCCAUCUCUCUAACCAGGACACAGGUGGACAGGAGGUUCUCAGGUGUAGAAAGUGACAUGAAGAAUUUGAGUCAGUCUUUAGUGUCCCUCAUCUACAAGAUACAGCAGUUGGAGAACAAGGGUGCUGAGACAGUUCGGAGUGUUAGUGGACUGAGACUCAGUUUAAACAGUCUGCAAAGUCAAUCUCAGGACUUCCUCACUAAGGUAGACCACAUACAAAAUGCUGUGACUCAGCUGAAAUGUCGCUUUAAAAAUUUUGAAAACAACGGAACCGAACAGCAGUGCUGCCCAUUGGAUUGGAAGCUUUUUUUUACACACUGUUAUUAUUUUUCUGAUGAUGGAAAGCCGUGGAACGACGCUCGAGAUGCUUGUGUGGACAUGAAAUCAGAACUGCUGAUCCUGAAGAACAAAGCGGAGAAGGACUUUAUAUUAAAAAACAUCAGGCCUUUAUUUUACUGGCUUGGUCUGAGUGAUGAGAGAACAGGAGAGUGGGAAUGGCUGGAUGGAACACCAUACCAGAUGGACAAGAGGGAAUGGAUGCCUGGUCAGCCUGAUAACUGGAAAUUACAUGGUCUGGGUGGAGGAGAAGACUGUGCUCACUUCCACAGAGAUGGGCGAUAUAACGAUGAUCACUGCUCCCGAACUUACCGUUUUAUUUGUAAAUCACCUGCACACACACUGUAAUAUUAAACAACACACUCAUCCAUUAUAAAAUAACUGCAAAUAUACUGCUAAUUCAAAAUCUUAUUGCAAUCCCAACAGCGACCACAAAGAGGCACAAUUCACUCACAGUAUAUCCUUGCUUUGGUUACUGACCUUGUAUUUCCUUGACAUUUGUAUUAAUAUUUUUAAGGUUAAUAUGUUAAAAUGUAAUUCUAUUUUUUAUGCUUAUCCUACGAGCAUUACAUUUAAUUAAAAAAAAUCAUGUAA